AAAGUAGAAAGACGUGGCAAAAAGCAAACUAAAUUUCCACCAAUCCACAUCUAAUCUAACCUUCUUCAUCAGAUGGAAGCAACUUCACACCCGCAGAUUCUGCCAUGUGGCUUCUCUCUCUUCUACAGCUCACUUCUCUCUCUCUCUAACUAAAUUGAAACCAAACCAGAGUGCUUCAAUGUCAUUGCUGUGAUUCUCUUUAAGUCCAGACAUAACUCCCAUAUCUUCUUCAUCUUCUUCUGUCCCUUUUUUAGAAGAAGAAGAAGAAGAAGAAGAAGGACUAUGGGAGGAUGUACUUCCAAACCCUCCUCCUCCGUCAAACCUAAUCCUUACGCACCCAAAGACGCGGUUCUUCCAAAUGACGAUUCUACCCCUGCCCAUCCCGGGAAUUCACCGGUUCCUUCUUCUCCCGCCGUAAAGGCUUCUCCUUUUUUCCCAUUUUACACGCCUAGUCCCGCUCGGCACCGCCGUAACAAGAGCCGUGACGGAGGAGGAGGGGUAGAGAGUAAGAGCGUUACCAGCACUCCGCUCCGUCAGCUCGCGCGUGCUUUCCACCCUCCGUCACCGGCGAAACAUAUAAGGGAUGUUCUGCGGCGGAGGAAGGAGAAGAAGGAGGCUGCUCUGCCGGCGACGAGGCAGCAGACGGAGGAGGAGGAGAGGGAAGAGGUAGGGCUGGAUAAAAGAUUUGGGUUCUCAAAGGAGUUACAGAGUAGGAUUGAGCUAGGGGAAGAGAUUGGGCGAGGGCAUUUUGGGUACACUUGCUCUGCUAAGUUCAAGAAAGGAGAGCUCAAAGAUCACGAGGUUGCUGUUAAAGUCAUCCCAAAAUCUAAGAUGACAUCUGCAAUAUCUAUAGAGGAUGUGAGAAGAGAAGUGAAAAUACUACGGGUGUUAUCUGGACAUCAAAAUUUGGUACAAUUCUAUGAUGCGUUCGAGGACAAUGCCAACGUUUACAUCGUUAUGGAGUUAUGUGGAGGUGGUGAACUACUUGACAGGAUACUAGCAAGGGGAGGAAAAUACUCUGAAGAUGAUGCAAAAGCAGUGCUUAUACAGAUCCUUAACGUUGUAGCUUUCUGUCAUCUCCAAGGAGUUGUUCAUCGAGAUCUAAAACCAGAGAACUUCUUGUACACUUCCAAGGAGGAAAAUUCUCUGUUGAAAGUCAUAGAUUUUGGCUUAUCGGAUUUUGUCAGACCAGACGAAAGAUUAAAUGACAUAGUGGGAAGUGCAUAUUACGUAGCCCCUGAAGUUCUACACAGAUCUUAUACCACGGAAGCGGAUGUAUGGAGCAUAGGAGUAAUAGCAUACAUUCUCCUAUGUGGAAGCCGUCCUUUUUGGGCAAGAACUGAAUCAGGAAUUUUCAGAGCAGUUCUAAAAGCUGAUCCGAGUUUUGAUGAACCUCCUUGGCCUUCGUUAUCCUUUGAGGCAAAAGAUUUUGUUAAGAGAUUAUUGUACAAGGACCCUCGGAAAAGAAUGACGGCCUCUCAAGCUUUGAUGCAUCCUUGGAUUGCGGGUUAUAAGAAAAUAGAUAUCCCAUUUGAUAUUCUGAUCUUCAAGCAGAUCAAAGCAUACUUGAGAUCUUCGUCUUUGCGCAAAGCUGCUUUGAUGGCUCUGUCCAAGACAUUAAUUACCGAUGAACUUCUUUAUCUGAAAGCGCAGUUUGCACUCUUAGCACCCAACAAUAAUGGCCUCAUCACUUUAGAUAGCAUCAGACUGGCACUUGCUACAAAUGCAACAGAAGCAAUGAAGGAAUCACGGAUCCCGGACUUUCUUGCGUUGUUAAAUGGACUUCAAUACAAAGGGAUGGAUUUUGAAGAGUUUUGUGCAGCUUCCAUUAGCGUUCAUCAGCAUGAGUCUCUUGAUUGUUGGGAGCAGAGCAUUCGUCAUGCUUAUGAGCUAUUUGAAAUGAAUGGAAACCGAGUUAUCGUCAUCGAAGAACUCGCUUCCGAACUUGGUGUUGGAUCAUCGAUCCCGGUCCAUACCAUUCUACAUGACUGGAUAAGACACACAGAUGGGAAGCUGAGUUUCUUGGGUUUUGUCAAACUGUUGCACGGUGUCUCUACUAGACAACCAUUAGCGAAAACACGAUGAAGAAAGUAACUCGGUAAUUGAUUUGAAAGGGGAAGAACAUACAACUGCAAAUGGAUGGAUGUCAAGAACUUUAUUGAUUCUUGGAGUGGGAUUGGGUAUUGGAAUUGUUUUCAGGACCCAUUCCUAUGUUUAUAGUUUUAGAAAAAGAAUGCUAAGUUCCGACAAAGAAAGAGUAUCCAGAAAAAACGGACAGGCCUGGAGAGUUGUAUAAUAAGAUGAUAAUCCAUAGUGAUGAUGUUCUUCCAAAUUAUGGAAAGACAGAUAUUAAGAACAUCCCUUUAGCUUUUCAA